UUACUCAGAUGAGUAGAGGGGGGAACUUAGAUGAGCGCAGGUUUCAUUUCUGGCUGGCACUGAAUCGGAAAAUCACCGGCAACGGGAUAGGGAUAGUUUCGGAGGAUUUCCAGGUUGGGAUAUCUGUAUAUAUAUAGCUUAAGACAAUCCCGUUGGAGCAUGGAUGUCCGGAAAUAAAGGGUCGUUGGGGUACGCGACAAUGGGGUAUGUAUGCGCAGAAUAUAGCAUGGAGUUGCCCCUGGGAACUCCGAAGAAAAUACGGAGAUAUUCUUGUAAGAGUGGGAUAAAUGAUGACAAACACUUCUAGGAGAAUGACGCCCUGCCACAGGGGGGUUUGACAGAUAAGAACUGCUGAGUUGGAUAUGUGCUGUGUUGUGUAUGAAACAGGAAACAAACCAUACAACCAUACAACCAGCCAUCUUGAACCCCUUCCUGGCAAGGCCACCACCACCACCACCUCCCUCUCCUCACCCCUCUUGCUGCUGUGACACCAUGAGCCAGUUGGUUGCUACAAGGCUGAGCUGCACCUUGAAGGGUUGUCAACCAUAGGGCGGGCGGUCUGCGAGACCCCAAGCCUUCAAUUCCUUGACUUUUGCUGCGACGAGCCGCAUACAGAGCGCAUGUCGCGGCAGCGAGGAUCGAGCGGUCAGCAUACGAAUCCCUCAUUGGCAUCCUCGGGUAUAUAUAUAUAUAUAUAUGCACAUGACAGGCAUUGCUUUUGCCUCUCGCUUGCGAUAAGCCGUGUAAUUAGGGUUCUCAAGCCCCUGGAAGGUGACACCCCACCCGGGGCCGGCAUUGAUGGGCAAUCAUGGCCUGGCUUAACUGCCGGGUAGCUGGCGUUUGGAACCAUAGCCUGCCCGGCUUUUGGUCCCUUCGCCUUGCUCCUUGGCUGGCAAAGAGAGAGGAGAAUCUGUCGUUAUCCCGCGCAAAAUUGGGAGCCGCAGGAAGAAAAACGACGCUUGCUUCAAGCCGGUCCUUGACGCUAAGGAAUAUAGCCCUUUGACACGCAGAGACCAUUUACCCUGCGUACGUACGCUGCCUCGAUUAUCGAGGAGCCCUCUUGCUACACUUCCCCACUCUCGUUAAUUGGUCAACCCGAGAGGCCUAACUGAGAAGUGCCGGAGCCCAGCGUAAAGUGAUCCCUGGCUGAACUCUAUCUUCAGCGGCCAGUGCUUGGGCAUGCUACGAGGUUUGUCGUUCGCUUGCUGAAAUGUCCCGCGGCUGGGUUCAUGGCGGAGUCGCUAUCCUGAUCCUGGGUGAGCGAGCUGCAACAUCAUUUUCCAUCUGCCGACGCACUCAAAAUACCCACUGUUGCUGACUGGAGGGACCGUCCUGCCCAAAUCCGUAAAAAUUUCUCUUUCCCCUUCAUCAAAUCCUGACCGCGAUCUACUCCAAGGACGAGUUCAGUAUCAGGGCCUAAAGCCAAUCGUGUGCCUUCAUUUCUUCCGGACGUUUUGAUUUGUUUGAGGGGUCCGGUUCACUCUCGCUCUGGAGGGGGGUCCAGGCUGGCUUAUCAUUCGACACUGCCCAGGGAGCUCCCAUGUUUAUCUCUACCUCUCGAAAGCUGUGGCCUCAGAAUAACCGGAGAGUGGGAAGGGGUUGAAGAAGCCACUGGAGUUUUCUGUUUCUGAUUUCCUGACUGGGCGUCUGGGACUAGAUCUAUUUCUCUCUAUACUAAUUGGAUGGAAACCGGCGACUCGCAUCUCAACUGCCGGCAACCGGCAGCAAUUUACAGGUCAAAGGGUUUUGUCUACCGAUGCCCAGGAUAGCGCCCAGGUAUUCCACAUAACAGUUCUUUAUUUUAAAAGUCUGGAGUUAUGUCUGGGUGGUAUGUGGGGUCGUUCGGGCGUAUAUUACCUAUGCCCGAGGACAGUACCACGUCACAAGAAUCGCAAGUCAACCCAACGCCAUCGAAACGGUUGACCAACUACCAACUCCCUCCUCCCCGCAAAACUACUUCGUGGGAUUUUGUAUCUGAAGACUCUCCGGCUCCGUUGGCAGAGAUGGAAUCCCCAGUUUCGAUGGCAGGCCGGACCCCGACCCAACAUACCAGCAAUCGAUACCCAGUGCAGGACCAGCUUCCGUCAGUCAGACAGCUUCUUACACCAGUUUCAUAUCCUGAUGCAUCAAAUUCACAUCAUUCUUUUACGGGUCGCGGAAACUCUACGCCAAACAGUAGCAGAACACCCGACUACAAAACAGCUGAGACUCCACGCAGCCACAUUCAGCCAAACAGUCAUCCAAACCAUGCCACUGCUGCACUCCCAAGACCGCCACCUACACUUGAACCUGUUGAUUUUUCGUACGGAAAGGGACAGCAUCGAUUGUAUUCUCACCAGCAGCUGCCUCCAAUUUCGCAAGUCGGUUUGGACGCGGCCAGCUUGCGGUCUGAUCGUUUUGCCGAAUACACAAGAAGCAGUGCUGAGGCUCCUCUAGCCCAUCACCACCAUAGUCAGCUUCCAUAUGUACGCGACCUCCCUAAUUCUGAAGUUUCUCCGGCCUCAGGUCCGUCUUCUUUAUCUGGUGAGAUUUCUUUCCGCUCAGGCUCACCACCUGCGCCAAAUCAGCCGCGACUAGCUCAUGUGGUAGAAGAGAGAUUUAUUCAGGGCGAGGGAAUUUGUUAUGUCUACUCUGAUGGCACCCAUUGCCCAAAGGAAAUCGAUGGGGAGCCCGUCAAUGCCAAUUGGGGGGUCACAAAAGCCGGAAAGCCAAGAAAACGGCUGGCGCAGGCAUGCAUUACCUGCAGAGAUAAGAAAAUCAAAUGUAUCCCAAAUAUCCCCAAGUGUGAUCAGUGCCAAAAAUCAGGAAGGGAAUGUAGAUUCGAAAAUGCACCUCGGGGAAACCAAAUUGCAAAGCCCUCGCAGCAAUUAACCGGCCACCACGUUCCAUCAGCAAUAUUACAUGAUCAACCGUCUAGCUACUCGUCGAGUGGUUACUCAACUUCACGUGUGGGCACUGGAAGUCCGGUCCAGAUAAUACCUAAUUCUGCAACAUCUAACCAUCUAGGCGCAAUGAUGCACGAGGCUGGGUCACAAAGCCUGAAAUUCAAUAGGCCCUUGAAAAGGAGAAGGCGAGCCUCGAUGAAUGCCACUGUCUACGAGAGGGAUGACUCUAAGCAUGACAAAGAUAGGGCCACAGCUCCUGAUCUAUACCGCAUGAACGAUAUCUUAUCAGAGAUGGCUGCGAUGGAUCUCCACGAUCCAACGUUGUCAGAAUGGGAAACAGAUCCCUACCAAACCCACCCCGAAUCGACUAUGCAGUAUUUCAGUAUGUACUUCCAUUAUGUUAACGGCGCGACCUAUUGUAUAUUCCCUCGAGAUCCAUUCUUAAGAUGGUUGAAGUUCUGUCAGAAUAAAUCUCUGGAUGAUAAAAUGCUGCUGUAUGCCAUGCUUGCUAUGGGGGCUAUUUUUGGCAAGUCCAGGGAGGAAAGGGCCGACUCGAUGAGGUUUGCGAGAAUCGCAAGGCACGCUGUGGAGAAAAGCCAAAACAGACCAACCUUGCACUUAGCUCAAACUCGGAUUAUUCUUGGGAUGUGGCAUUUCACGAUCGGCGCGUCAGCCACGGCUUCUGAUUUUACGGGCUCUGCCAUGCGCACUAUAUGUGGGCUGAAACUCAACGUUGAACAUGGGAACCCGCCUGAACGGGACGAGUUUUUUAAAGCCGAAACUAUGCUUGAAUGUCAGAGGCGGACUUUUUGGGCUGCUUUCCUUAUGGACAGACAUGCUGGCCUCUCAGUCCAUUCUCCAACAGUGCUCAAGCCACAGGACAUCUUUCUUCGACUACCUUUAAGAGCAGACUGGUACGAAAGUCAAAAAUGGGCCAACAUGCCCUACUUUGAAAACGGUAUCAUACCUGCAGACGCCUCGUUACCCGAACAGAGAACUGCGCUUGACCCAAUGGCGUUCCUAGUAGAAGUAUCUGCCAUUUGGGGUGAUGUGCUCGAACACAUCUAUCGCGCCACAUAUAUCUCUCCAGCAAAUUACGCCCUGCUUUACGAGGAAUUCUACGAUUCCACCGUGAAGCGCACUGAUAAAUGGCUCGCAAGCCUCCCGCAGUACUUCUCGUAUAGCGUAAAAAAUAUGGAAGCGAGCGUCCAGGCCGGAAAGGGAGACGUCUUCGCAAGCGUACAUAUUCUCUACCAUGCAACAAUGAUGAGACUGAACCGAUACGUCCGCCACGAAGACCUACCGGAGCAUAUCAUCGAGAGGAACGUCCUCCGUUCCUACCGCCACUCCAUCGAGGUCCUUCGCAUCGCGCAUGAUCUUAGCCAACAUCUAAAUCCAUCGGACGAGGACAACAGUGCGCUAAACACCCCACCCCCGCCCCAAAUUACUUUCUCCACACCCCUUACAGGCAACGCCAUAUUAUCAGCCACCGACGUCCUCUCCGCCUGCGGCUCCAUUCGUGAUAUGUCAUAUCACUUAGGCCUCAUAGAAGGCGGCAUGAAUGUGAUUUCCGAAGUCUCGCGGUUCUGGCACGGCUCGCGAGAGCAGCUGCGGGUAAUAGAACGGCGUCUGGAUCAGAUCACAGAGUCGAUUCGUCCACAUGGCGGGUCGGGUGAGAAGCGUGGUUUUUUUGUCCAGGGGCGGCCGCUCGACCUCAUUGUAAUAGAUAAGUUGAUGCCUACUGAGGAGGGCAUGGCUGCCAUUUCACCCCCGACAUCAAUACAUGGCAAAACUAACCCGUAUACUGCCACUGGGAGGGGAGACUUGGUCUAUUGUCUCCCCCGCGAGGCAUAUUUCCGUGCGCUUGGACUCGCUGAUAUUUCUAUCGAGAGGGGGGAUGUGCUCUUGAUUCCAUGCACGGAUUAGAAAUGUCUUCUUUUUUUCUUUAUCGCGUGGAGUAUUUACUUUUACUUAUGCAUAUAUACCUCAUCUACCUGCAUGAUAGAAUUAGUCGCUUGCCUUUUAAUUGUUAUGUACAUGUCUAGCAGCAACGGCUACCUACGAUUUCCUCUUCUGUCUUCCUUUCUGAGCUACAUGACCUCUUUCCAUAAUUUUUUACUUUUCACUUAAAAUGGCAUACACCAGAACAGAGAAUCCGCAAAACAUCUCUUUCGGUGCGCAAUUGUUUUGUAAGGUAAUAACAAGGAAAAGAUGGAGAACAUAACAACUAUAACAACGGAGAAAUAUGUCGAUAUAGAAGUGGGCCAACCAACCUUGUGAUCGUACGUUAACCCUUUGCGAUUUUCUCCGCUCUGCGCCUCUUCAAAGAAGUUCAUUCCAUCUCCAUCUCCACAAAGAUAGAUGUCAAGUGAGUAUCCUGCGCCAGGAAAAGAAUGUAGUGGGGGAGGAGUUGUUAACAAUACUUUAUUUAUCGUCGCAUAUAACAAGCAGCUAAAAAGCCCUAUCACCUCACCCUGGACUACCAGCGCAAUGGGCGGGUAUAUCGUCUCACCCAAACAAUUUUACCCUCCAUAGGAUCCAUGACAGUUGCAAAAUGCGUCAUCUCAUUCGUAAUUGGGUAGGUGCUCGUCCAUCUUAUGAUUUCAGCUGGUGAGGCGGUGACCUCUUGAAUCUCGGAGGUAGCUUCGUCGACUCCCUGCUGAGGUUCGUAGUCUUGAGAUGUGCUCGAUGAUGUUGAGGAUGACAUGGCAGUUUGUUGUUGCCUGGCGGCUACUCUGGAAGCGCGUGUGCGGUGAAGCGGGUCUCGCUUCUGUCUAUCUGUGGAUGCCUGCGGGUGGCUGGACUGUCUUGACUUCUCCUUCGCAUCCCAAAAACCUUGCAUGUACGUUCUUCGUUCGACGCUAUCCUCUACCAAUUCUUCUAGGCCAGCUAGCUGGACGGCCUGAGGUUGUGGUGAAGCAAGAUUGUCGGUUCUUGUGGUUGAAUCAGUGGAUUCGUCCUCUAUGUCGCUGUUUGUAGCUACGAUGAAUGACGAGGAAGUGCGGGUAACGGCGGAUCUAUAGUCCUUUUCAAGGACAGUGGUGGAGUUCCCGUCGCUAAAAAUUACAUACGCUGCAGUCGUGGGGGUCUGUGAUAGUUCCGCUGCUAUGGCACCAAGAGAUAAACCAUGGUGGGCGGGUCGACGUGCUCCUCUCCACACCUUGGUGAAAAUACUCCAUUUCGUCGGAGCUGGUGGAAGGAUACACUGCCUAAGCAAAGAGGAUAUAGAACGGCGAAUCCCUAACAAGACGAGGAUAUGGCUCGCGUAAAAUUUCACAUUGCCAAAGCGCCUGCUCGUAUCAUGAUAUGGGCGGAAAUUCAACGAAACGCUAAGAUUCUCCCUCACGCCCGUUAGGACUCCGACAAAACCAACAUAAGUAAUGCUUGUCGCGAGGACUUGUUCGGUGUGAGGACUGCGGACGAAUUCUAGCUGGACAAUCAGCUGCCGUAGGCCAUCCAUGUCCCAGUCGAGAGUGCGAAAAUGUAGCAUUUUCGAAUCUACAUCAUGUGCAUCUCUACAUCUCGCGCCGCCACUGGUGCACCCCAUGAGCAGGUCGAGGAGCACAUUAAGUGACACCAAUAAAUACAGAGGGAUGUCAGUGGUUUGACUUAUCCCCUUGAUCUCCUCCGUUUCCUCGUGAGUAUAGAGGCGCCGGAGCAGUAGGCGGGCAGCACGUUUCACCCAUCUGAUAUUUACGGCAGGGAAGAUGGACUCGACGAGCUCGUCGAAUAGACUGGUCAAAGACCUCAUCCUUUCUCGAUAUACCCCGGCGACCUCUACAUAUCGUUGUGCAGGAGGCAGGGAAAGAUCGAUUCUGUAUACCGGAGGGAUAUCUCCACUAUGAUUCUUAUCAGUUGGUCGGGCGCGGGGGUUCAUUGUUUGGCAAAGAAGGCUGGAAUUCAAGUUUUGAAUCAAUAUCCCGAUAAAUGCUGUGUUUAACUCUCAGAGUCAGUCUUCAGGGUGAUAGUAAAAUUUACUUCACCCAACAACGAGCCAAUAUGCGGUUUCUUGUAACUGGCUGCCUGGAUGUUACUAAAUUGGAGGUUCAUAGUUAGCCAGUAACUAAACAUGCUUGUCUUCACAAGGGGUGCGCCACGAAGGAUAGGCAGUACUUUCUGCGCCUUUGACACUGUAAUUGUAAUGAGCAUGAUAGACGUAUCACAUUAAGAUUAAACUUGAGAAUAGGUUCAGUGGAUGACCUGAACGGAUAACUACCCUUUAGUGUAAUAAUGAACCUCUCACCAGGCCCUUCUAGCUGACCACCAACUUUCAGUCCCAGUCCUAUUCAUGCGAAGUAAUCUGGCAUUCUGGUGGAAUUUUAUCAACAGGCAUUUCUGGCGGCGUUUAUCAUGAGUUGUGUGCCUGUGGCGGGGGACUUAGCCAAACUACGGAGUAUUAAAUAACUAGUUAAAUAACUAACUAAUGUGAUGCACCAAUGAACUCAUUCACUCAACAAGCUCUGAUUUUUUU